AUGGCGCAAGGAGAGCAGGAAACUCUAAAGAAAAUCAUGCACAGCUUCAACACGGCAACCCUAGAAAUCCGCAACCUAGACAUGGGGGUGGCUUUAGCAGCCUUGACAACGGCUCUUCAGCCCGAAAGUUUCUUAUACUUUCUAGGGAAAAAGCCACCGGUAGAUAUGGGGGAGCUAAUAGCUUGGGGACAGAAAUACAUCAACCUGGAGGAGAUGAUGGACACAAGAGGAAGUCGCAUAGAACGGAAAAGGAAAAGUAGUGGCAGGGAGACGGGAGAAUCUUAUAGAUUUGCGAAAAGACAAGAGAAUAGUGCACUACACGCAAGCCCAAAAAUAAGAAGGCAACCCAGUAGGUUCUCCACCUACACACCCCUGAACGUAUCGCGAUCUGAGUUACUGAUGCAGAUAAGAAAGAAGGACUAUGUUUCAUGGCCCGAUCCCAUGCGAACACCUCUUCACAAACGAAACACGUCCAAGUUCUGCGCAUUCCAUAGGGAUCAUGGCCAUGACACAGAGGAAUGCAUCCAGUUGAAGAAAGAAAUCGAAGCCCUGAUACGAAAGGGAUACCUGUCAAAGUUUAUAAAGAAAGAAGAUCCACAAAGGGAACCUCUCGAGCAGAGGAGGUCCAAUGUAAAAGAGAAGGAAGAGCAGGUCGUAGGGGAAAUUGCGAUGAUCUUCGGAGGAUCCACUAGCGAAGGAGAUACUGGAGGUGCCCGCAAAAGAUAUGCUAAACAGGUGCUCUCGAUGGAGAAGGGAGAAACAAGUAGCAAGCGAAACAAAAAAGAUGACGACAUAACCUUUGACAGCGGAGACGAAGAAGGGGUACAACAGCCACAUGAUGACGCACUGGUGCUCUCCCUACUGGUGGCAAAUUACAAAGUCAGACACAUAUUGAUAGACAAUGGGAGCUCAGCAAACGUCAUGUUCUGGUCGGUCUUGGUCGGAAUAAAAAUCGGCAAGGAACGACUCAAGCCGGUAUCGAUUCCCCUAGUCGGAUUCGGUGGAGACAUUGUUCACCCCUUAGGUACAAUCACGCUACCGGUGACAAUAGGGACGACCCCGCAGCAAGUUACUACGCUGACAGAGUUUCUUGUGGUCGACCGACCUUCGGUGUACAAUAUCAUAUUGGGCCGCCCUUUCCUUAAUGCAGUUCGGGCUGUAAUGUCAACAUACCACCUCAAAAUCAAAUUCCCUACACCGCACGGGAUAGGGUUUGCCAAGGGAGAUCAAACAGCUGCUCGGAGCUGCUAUGUAAUGGCCCUGAAAGGAAAUAUGGAGGCAAGAGAAACCCUAACGAUGGAAAACUUAGAAGUAAGGGGAGAGUAUCCCCAGAUCAGUACAGUGGAUGAAGACAUCAUGCACAUACCCUUGAAGGGCCACCAGGAAAGAAGUGUAUAG